AUGAGAAAUGCAUACCUGCGGAAUACACACUUGCCCAAGGCCAUUGGGAUACAAUUUAUAAAAAAAUGUGAGAAGGCGAUGAGAAUCAUCCAAAGUAUUGAUGUGUGGCACUAUAGAAAAAAAGGGCUUACCACUAUUGGUUUCACAUAA